AUGGCGCCACCGCCAUGCCAGCAGCCGGUGCUAAUGGAUGAGCUCAUCGAGCAGUUCCUCCUCCGUCUCCCACCGGCUGAGCCCACGAACCUCGUCUGCGCCGCCCUCGUCUGCAAGCGUUGGUGCCGCCUCGUAUCCGACCACGGCUUUCGCCGCAGAUUCCGCGAGUUCCACCGCACGCCCCCCAUGCUCGGCUUCCUCUGCAACCUCAUCGACUGCAGCAGCGGCUUCAUCGCGCGCUUCGUUCCCACAUCCUCGUCCUGCACGCCCCACACCGACCACCGCGGCUGGCGAGCACGUGACUCUCGCCACGGCCGCGUCCUCCUCCACACCUACCCAACGGGGCACGUCUACGCAUCCUUUCGCCUCGUCGUCUGGGACCCUACCACGGGCGAGUGGCUGGAGCUACCCAAGCCGCCGCGGGACCCAUGCAGCUGGACCGCCGCCGUGCUCUGUGCUGCCGUCGGCGCAUGCGACCACCUCAACUGUCACCGCGGACCCUUCGUCGUUGUUCUCGUGGGAACCGACGACAAGGAGAUGUUCGCCUGCGUCUACUCGUCGGAGUCCGGCGCCUGGAGCGAGCCGACCUCUGCAAAGCACCCCGGCGAUCGUGUCAGCUGGGCGCGCAGCGCCCUUGUGGGGAAUGCACUCUACUUCGUGUUUGAGAUGAACGAUAGAAUUCUUGAGUAUGAUUUGGGCACGCGGGAAAUGCCUGUGAUGCAAUUACCUGCUGCCAUCACAAGCCUAGUAUCUACACCCUAUGGUCCAAUUGAGCUCAUGGCUAUGGAGGACGGUCGUCUGGGAUUCGCAAGAGUGCAGGAGUCCAGACUUUGCAUAUGGUCCAAGGAUGUUGAAGAUGCGGGAUGGACACUAAGCAAAGACAUUGAGCUCGAGAAGCUGCUCCCCCUCAAUAAUGGCUCCCCGACCGCCGCGCAUGAUUUGGUUGGCUUUGCGGAUGGCAUUGGUCUCGUUUUCGUCAAGGUGGAAGAUGGGAUCUUUACUGUAGAUCUGAAGUCUGGCCGGACGAGGAAGGUGUGUGAGGGCUCAUACAUCACCAGCGUGGUUCCCUAUGUGAACUUCUGCACUCCAGGUACUAGUCUCUCUCAGACGUCUUGA